AGAUAGCUUUCUGUUGCCACUACAACCGAAUUUCCACUUUCUUCAACUUUUUUUUAUCAACACAAUCAAUCCCCCCCGCUAUAUUUUUCACCACCUCGCUCGUUCGCAAUUCCGUCAGCCAUCGCUAGAUCUGCUGGUGGCAGUCUAACAGCUUCGGCGACGUACCGUGUUAGAAUUCUCAAGGGUACCCAUUACCCUGUAACUGAGUCGCUGUCUUAUUCCACGUCGCCAAGACAAAAAAAGGAAGAAAAAAACGUGUCUUGGUGUGCCUAGGUGACGGGUGGUCCCCUCAAUAUCGGUCUAGGGUGUUAAAAUUGUGCGAAAUCUUAGAGAACAAAUUUUCUCAAUAAUUCUAUACAUCUUUCGAGCUUAUAAUAGCUGAUAUUAAAACUCGGGACUUUUUCCAAGUUUAUUCGCAAUGUCCGACUCGGAGAGCCUCGAUUAUCUCCAGCCGGGCUUCGACGCGAAGACCCUCACGGUUCCCCGGCUUCGAUCGAUCCUGGUUGCCCACAAUAUUCCGUAUACUUCGAGCGCAAAAAAGGCACAGCUGAUAGAACUCUUUAAUGAGCAAGUUGUGCCGCAAUCGAAGCAGAUCCUAGCCGCACGUGCACGAGCAAAACGCUCAAGCAAAGGUAUUGUUGAUGCAGAGUCACAAAGCAGCAGCAAUCCCUUCGAGGAGCAGGAAGAGCUUGCACCGCCGCCCCCGCGUAGCACACGCCGGUCAAGAUCGCCUAGGAAAGCACCUACCACCAGAAUCAAGGCGGAAGAGCCGGAGGAUGAGCCCAUGCCGCCGCCGAACCCAAGUCCUACUAGACGAAAGCCUAGGGCUACAAGCCGUCCGGCUCAGGCUUCGGAUACGGACACCGGACCGGAGCCUGAUCAUGGUAGAACGCUCAGCAGAGUUGGAAGGUUUGUUCUCGCGCCUCGAAUUAAGACUGAGGAAUCCAACGAAGGCUUGUUCCGCCGAACUUCGGAUGUUUUCACCAAUGACAAUCCGUUCCAAAGCGGUAGUUCUCCAUCAGUUAUGGAUAGCACUCCCAGCGUGCGUCGAAAAACGGCUGGAGUUGAUAGAUCGCGCAGCGUUAGUAGGGGCGCGCGAAGACGAACGGAUGGGCACACUGUUCCUAAAGAAGAGUCCCCCGGCCUACCUAUGAAUUUUAACCGUUCCUUACCUCAAAACAGGUACAUUCAAGCACCAGAGACGCCAGUUGUUGAGGCCGGAGAAGAAUUCACUCCAGAAGAGCAACUUGAUCUCAUAUCAGACGAAGCUGUCAAUGGGCGCAAUGCCGUUGCUGCUCGAGAAUCUCGACGUCAGCCCAAUAGGACUGGUGGUGGCACGGUCUUGUCCAUAUUUGUUGUCACGCUCUUAAGCAUCUAUGCUGGUUGGUAUCGACAGGAAAAGAUUGCGGUCGGUUACUGCGGCGUUGGCCAAGCUGAAAGUUCAAUUCCUAAGGAGAUCGAAACGCCAGAAUGGGCUCAGUCGGUACUACCACCUCAAAUUACCAUUCCGCAAUCUGUCAUAGACACCCUGGAACCCCAGUGCGAACCGUGCCCACCACACGCUUAUUGCUACGCAGACUAUUCUGUGCGAUGCGAGCAGGACUACGUCCUCAAACCUCACCCCCUAUCACUAGGCGGUGUUGUUCCUCUUCCUCCAACUUGCGCACCUGAUGGUGACAAGGUCCAACGGGUGCAAGCAGUAGCGGAUAAGGCUAUUGAAGAGCUUCGCGAACGAACCGCCAAGUACGAAUGCGGAGAACCCAUCAACGAAGAAGGCGCAAAGCUCGAGACGCCAGCGAUUGAAGAGCAGGAGCUGAAGGAGAUUAUCAACAGGAAGAGGAGCAAGAAGCUGAAUAACCAAGAAUUCGAGGAUCUUUGGGGAUCUGCGCUCGGGGAGAUUAAAGCUCGAGAAGAAGUCGAGGUCGAAGUUAAGGAAAUACCCGAUUCCGGAGGUGUUUCAAACACCUACUUCACGUCCACCUCUCUCGCUCGAAUUCCCAUCACCUGCGCCGUCCGCAGGUCGAUCAGACUCGGCUUGGCAAGAUAUCGAUUCCAUAUUAGCUUCGUAAUUGCCCUCAUCGCAACCGCAAUUUACGCGCAGUCUCGACUCAAGGCCAACCGUGCAGCUGCUGCUCAGGUACCGGCCCUAGUCGAUUUAGUGUUGGAGAGGUUGGCGCACCAGAAGCAACUAGGAGACGAGGAUAUUGACGACCCGUGGCUCUUCCUCCCGAACUUGCGAGACGACGUGUUGAGGUCUAUUCAUUCACUCUCGCGCCGUGAGCAGAUGUGGCGGAGAGUCAAGAAAGUCGUCGAGCAGAACAGCAACGUCCGCACAAGCCAGCGGGAGGGACGUAGCGGCGAAGUCGGUAGGGCGUGGGAGUGGAUCGGCCCGAUGACCGGAGACCAUAGCGCCAGGCGACGGAAGGGCGGACGCACGUCUUUGGGAACGGACGUGGGUGCGGAUUCGCCAAGUAACGGAGCAGGAGAGAAGGGUACGAAUGCACGACACCAGAGGUGGGAAGAACCGAGACCCAUCUACUAGGUUAAUAAGAAGGAGCUUCAGACGAGGAUCACGCGGAAUAGGCAGCCAAACACAGAGAGAGGGUUUUUCAGUCGGCUGGCGUUUAGGCUUUGCUUAUGAGUACCUAACCUGACCUUUACCUAACCUAGUGGUUUUUCUUUUAUUUCCUGCAAUACCUAGCUACGUGAAAUCAAUUCAUGGUAUUCUCCUUGGUGUAAACGAUCUAUCUUCCAUCAUGUCUUCAUAGGCUCCUCGUGUUAUAUGGUGACCUGUGAUGACCUUCCACCUUGCGCCUCAUGCUCUUACGCGUUCAUCGGGAGGGGGGGUGCGUUUCUCGCCUAUACGGAUCUAAUCUUACUUUAGAUAUAUAUUGCUCAGGCACAGCGACGCAGACUGACUACCUAUAUUAAGAAGUACCUUAG